ACAAUCUCAUCUAUCGCAUCUCAUCUCAUCACUCCUCUCCCCAAGGAUGCUGCGGCACCCAUGCCCUACAAAUGGGCCUGCCAACCCCAUUUCAUUCCCUUCAUCCUCUCAUUCCUUCCUUCACCCAUUCACUCAGUCCUUUUUUUCCUGCUUUCCUCCACCAUGACCGUCAACAAGCCGAAGUCAGAGGAGGCUAUUAUUGAGGCACUGCGCAAGAAUCUGGAGGCUGUUUCACUGGACCUCAGGAACACACAGCUGGACCUCCUGGAGGCUAACGAUAGCCUUGCGUCAACACAGGAAGAGCUUGAGGACACUGAGGCCAAGCUCGAAGAGACUCAACUCGAGCUGCAAAACACUCGUGAUGCUCUUGCCAACACCGAGCGUGCGCGCCAAGCAGCCAACCUCGACCGCCGAAAGGAUGUUGAGCGCAGCUUGAAGCGAUUUAUUGCUAAAAAUCCGGAGCUCGAUGCCGUUAUUAUGGACGAGUUGCGAUUCGAUCGCUCUCCUCGAGGGCACCAUGUCUACCAGCAUAUCAAGGACGACAAGGAUGCGCCGAUCGAGUUCAGUCGCCGCAACUUCGCGCUCAAGAACGGUCACACCGAGGACGACGUGAUUGAGUAUAUCGCCAUUGUCUACAACACCCAUACUCAGGGGAGUCUCUAGUUUUUUUCUCAAGAAGCUGGAAGCCAAUAAAGACUCACGUUUCAACAAAAACAUUCGAUGUUCCUGACUCUUGGUGCAUUUUAAUAGACAG